UAGAUGUAAAUUUUUCUAAUAAAUUAUAUUUAAUAUUCGGAGUAUUCUGAAAUUUAGGAAAAAUAAUUUAAUUACAUUGUAUUGUUUUACACAAUAUAUACAUUAUUAUUACAUGAUCGAUUAAGAAAAAAUAAAAAAACAAACCGUAAAGAAAGUACUGUAUAUAGUGCAUGAAUUAUAAUAAACUUGGGAUUAUAAACAUGUAUUGUAGUUGUAAAGGUGCUUCGUUUGUUGGUAAUAAAAUUAAGAUAUUUCGAAAAAUUUCAUUGUUGAGUAUUCUAAUUUGAAAAGUUUUUAUUAUUUUAUUAUAUUCAUAGGAUUUUUAAAAACGAUACUAGAUGAGCUGACUCCGUUAAAAGUGAACAAAUAUAAGUUAUUCUCUAUAUAUUUCGUAGUAAAAUUAUAGUGAUCAAUACUUUUUUAUGGAUUUGUGCAUUUCAUUAUAUAAUCAGAAUAAUUGUGUGCGUAUCUAAUUGUUUAACUACCAAGGUUUAGUUUUCAUUCUUGCAGCUAUCGGCGCUGUAAUCUGUGCUUGACGAAUGGCCGAUAAACACACAAUAUAUAGUACCGAGUUAAUAUUAGAUAAAAUUUGGGAAGGUUUCGAAGUAGAAAAUUUUAAACAUACAGAUAUGAAAAGUGAAGCAUUUUGGAAACGUCGUUUCUGUCGGACAAAAUCAAAAUACAUGUUAUUAAUUGUAUUUGUCGCUGGUAUUGUUUUCUUCAAACAUCAAAUAUUUUAUCUUAAAGAAUUGAAUAGCGCGAUCGUGGGUAAAUUAAUAACCGGCUCCGUACGAACAUCUAAUUACAUCGUAACCGGAAAAGUACGUUCAAAAUGGAACGAACCGAAAUAUUCUAAAUUAAUACAAGAUAAAAAUGGCCGAACUGUUUCGUUACGUGGCAUACGUAACGAAGAUAUUACCAAGUAUCUUCCUAAUGCUAGAGAUAAGUUUGUCUGUUUUUCUUCGAAACAAGAAAUAGAUUUUAUUCAAAUAAACGACGAUUAUUGUGAUUGUCCAUUAGAUGGCAGCGAUGAACCAGGUACAAAUGCAUGUAACAACGGUACAUUUUAUUGUGAAAGUUCUUCGUUAAAAUUUAAAGGAAAAAUUCCUUCCUAUAAAGUCAACGACGGCUAUUGUGAUUGUUGCGAUGGUUCAGAUGAAUGGGCAGAAAUUUUGUUGUUAUAUAUGCCUAAUGUUUAUCGAAAAUACAAAUUAACUUUGAGGAUGCAACAUGAACUGGAAAUCGAGAAGAAUGUUUGGGAUCCUCUUAACAUUUUUCACGUCAUUGACGACUACAAAUACGCCGUUGUUGUAUUAAAUUGUCCUAUAUGUUUGAAAUAUAAUUUGAUGUUUCAACUUUGGGAAAAAGCACAAGUAACUGUCACUGUUGAUGGAGGUACACACAGAUGGUUAAAUUAUUUAAAGGAACAAGGAAUAGAUGUACUUAAUGGAAAUUAUAGUAAAUAUGUACCAACUUUUAUUACUGGUGAUAUGGAUAGUUCUUCACCAUAUACAAUUCACAGAUUACAAGAUAUUGGUUCCAAAGUUAUCAUAACGCCUGAUCAAAUGUUUACAGAUUAUACAAAAGCUAUAAUGCAAUUGGAUCUUCAUAUUAAGAAAGAGAAUAUAAAUUUAAAUGGUAUAUUUGUAAUAGUAGAAAAUUCAGGCAGAUUCGAUCAUCUACUUGGCAAUAUUAAUACACUUCAUAAAGCUGAAAAAAUUAUACAAAAUAUACAGAUAAUACAAGUUGCAAGUGAUUCAUUAACAUGGCUGCUAAAGCCAGGUUUCCACAGGAUAAAAAUACCCGACAUAUUGCUUGAGAAAAAUAAUUGGUGUGGACUAUUGCCGAUAGGUGCACCUGCUAAUCAUGUAUCGACGACUGGUUUAAAAUGGAAUUUAGAUAAUGCAUCUAUGCAGUUUGGUGGCUUAGUUAGUACUUCAAAUACAUAUGACAAAUAUCCUGAAGUAACUAUAAAUACAGACGUACCUUUAAUUUGGACGAUGGGGAUUGAACCGUUAAUGAAUACUAUAAAUGAUAUGGAGAAUUCGUCUAUGAACACUCGUCUAUGAACACAUUAAUAUUAUAUAGUAUUCUAUUAUAUCUUUCUUAGUUUAUUUAGUUUCUUAGUAUAUUAUUUAUUUAUGAUAAAAAAUCUAAGGAACUUGUAAAAUAAGAAACAUAUAUGGUUAUAAUCAAAGAACCUUCAUUUAUUAGUAUAUAUAAUUAUUAUUAUUGUACAUUAAUAGAACAAUUUGUUAAAUUUGUAUUUACGAAAUCUAACUUAUCUGUUAUUUGGGGUAGGUAUUAAAGAAAUCUCAGAGAUUUUCAUAUUAAAACAGAUUUUGAUUUUUAUAAAUUAAGGACCUCAAAGGUAUCUUUUCGAGGAUUAUAUGGAUUUCAUGUACAUUCUUUGAUAAUUUUUUAUAUACCUGUUUACUUGAAAGUACAAAGUACUUAUUCGUUGCAAAUGUAAAA